UGCGUAACCCGGAUGUGCAUAAUCCCUACCGGAAGCGUAAUCACGUGUAUGUCCCGGUAUGUCCUGUGAAUUUCAAAACUAGUCCCUCGUUCAAUUUCAAUGAGACACAAGUUACUCAGUUAGCAACUUUUUAGAGUAUAGUUUGACAUCUAUAUGCACCGACAGAUGAUAGCUUUGCGGUAUGUAACGCAUAUGCUAUUAGCAAUCUGGCUAAGGUUUGCUAACAGUCAACAUUCAACAAACACUAUUAAUUUUAACUCCUAUGAGGAUGGUUACUUGCUUGAUUACGGACUAAAUCAUACUUAAACUUUACAGACUUUACAUAAGGGGCUUAUGUUAAUUUAGGCUGUUCAUGAUCAGCAGGGUGUCAGGUUUUUCCCCCAUGAUUAUUCACCUUUACACGAUUGGACCUCUUAUGAGAAACUUCUCAUCGUGAUGACUUACUGUGUAAGAAACUUCCUUUCAAGACGUCAGUCAGUAUUGAGAAAUUCACAGUGUAUUGUGGCUCUGCAGCUCACUGUGAGACACUCCAGUACAUCGUCUAGUCAGGAGGAUGUGGAUCAGAUCAGGACUCUGCUGCAGCUCUGUGCGGACAGGUACUAUAUUUCACCUGGGGAUGCAAACUCGGAGCUCUUUCGGCACGGGAUGAGCUGCAGUUAUGGACCUCUGGGUAUGGAGCUGAGGAGGAACCUGCUGGAGCAGUGGUGGCGCUCAGUGACCAGGAGCACAGCCCAGGUAUUUGGGAUAAAAACUCUGAGCAGCAGAAUGGAUACAGAAACAGAUAGACAUGAUCAGCUGAGGCUUGUUGAAUAUGAAAAUUUCAAGCAAAUACUGGAAGAGAAAGACUUGAGUAAGGAUCUGCUUAUACAGAAGUUACAGAUGCUUCUCCAGAGAUCUCCAACUGUGAAAACAAACUUUCUUCAAGGGGCCUUGGAGCAGUUUGUCCCCACGCUUGAGCUGGUGAACAGGAAGCUGCCUUUUGGCCUGGCUGAGGCUGGUCUGUGUUUUCAGCCCUCAGAUGGCUCUGGUUGCCUCGGUGAAGUCACCAGGACAUCUCUGGUAUGGUUCUGCUCUGCUCGUACCUCCUCCCAGUGGCUGGAUUAUUGGACAAGACAGAGACUAAAAUGGUGGAGGAAAUUUGCCCUAUCUCCAUCAGACUUCAGCAGUUGUGACAUUCCUGUGGAGGAACUAGAGGAGGCGGCAACUCGUGGUGUGAGGAUCGUCUACAGCUUCAACGGGGGGCAGGAGCCACUGGAGACACUUUGGAACCGAGGAAACAACGAGCUGCUGCAGACACACAAAGGAGCACGGUCCAAACUACAGUGUCGAGACGGGCGUAAGUCCAUUCCUCAUGUUAUUUCUGUAACCGCCAACAUGGACCGGGGAGUGAUGGCCUUUCUGUCCAACUCUCUGCAGCAGCUCAAGAAAGGAGACAGCAAGCAGAAGCUGCAGCAGAGAAAGGUUCUGAAGUUACAUCCAGUGUUCGCUCCCGUCAAAGUGGCUUUGGACAUUAGCAGGGGUGCCACUGUGGAGCUGAGGCAGGUUUGUGAAGGGCUGCUGCAGGAGUUUAUGGAUGCUAAAAUCUCUGCAUGGCCGGGGUACCUCGAAACUCUGCCGACGUCAGUGGAGCAGCUGAAUGCAAAGUAUGAUGAGAUGGGAGUACUUUUCAGCGUGGUGGUAAGUGAGAAUACGCUGGAGAGCGGCCUCCUUCAAGUCCGCAGCAGAGACACUUCCAUCAAAGAGAUCAUGCACGUCUCCGAGGUCAAGAAGUUCCUCUCCAGAUAUAUUUCUGCUGCAGACAACGUAUGAGUGGAGCCUUUGUUUGGGCAAAUUAAAGGAAAUUCAUGAUAUUGUGCUGCCUCAGUGUUGGAUCCUUACAACCAAUUGAAAUGUAAAAGUCAUGGAAACAUAUUUAUGGUGAACAGAAUUUGUGAUGGACUUUAUUUGCUCUUAUCUAAGCAGGUGCCUGUGGCCACAAAUUCUUGAUUGAUCAUAACUAAAACGCUUUAUUACACAGCCUCUCCUCUGUAUUCAGCCUCAUGUUUUUGCUGUGUGAUUAGGUCAAAGAAGUGUAAACAGAAGUAUUGGGAUAAAUGUUUUACGUGUGUUCUGUUCUGCUUUUUAUUGAAUUAAACUAUCUGUCUCUCA